UCAGUGAUGACACUACAACGACUUUGUACGGUUGGACCACAAUUACAUCGCCUCAGAUUUGUACACACAUUUACUCCCAAGAAUACUACAAUAUUAAGGUGCUGUAGUAGUAAGAGCACAACAUCAGAACUACACCAUGAUGAUAAGCUAAGCGCAUUACCUCCAGGAUUGCAGAAAUUGGUUCGUUGA